GUUUACGUUUAGUUUGUUUAAUUUUCAAUUUAAAACUCGACCUGCGAUGGCCACAAACGCCACAAUAGAGCUGGCGCUGGACCGCGUGGACUGGUGUGCCCUGGCCGAGCGGCAGGACGUCUUGCCGCGCGUCUACACACCCGGAGAAGUUGUCAUGCCGGAGGCAGGCUUCAUGCGCGGCCACGGCACGUUCGUAGAGGAUGAGAACAUCAAGGCCUCUGUGGCCGGCGUGAUUGAGAAGGUGAACAAACUGAUCUCCGUGCGUCCACUCAAGAGUCGAUAUGUGGGCGAGAUCGGUGACGUGGUGGUGGCGCGCGUGAUCGAGGUGCAGCAGAAGCGCUGGCGCGUGGACACAAAUUCCCGCCUGGACUCCAUACUGCUGCUGUCAUCGGUUAAUCUGCCCGGCGGAGAGCUGAGACGGCGCUCCGCAGAGGAUGAGCAGAUGAUGCGACGCUAUCUGGACGAAGGCGAUCUCAUUUCCGCCGAAGUUCAAAAUAUCUUCGAGGAGGGCACGCUUUCGCUGUACACCCGAAGUUUGAAGUACGGAAAACUGUCCCAGGGCGUACUCGUCAAGGUCUUCCCCGCGCUGGUCAAGCGUCGCAAGAUGCACUUCCAUAAUCUGCCCUGUGGAGCGUCCGUGAUCUUGGGCAACAACGGCUACAUCUGGAUAUCGCCCCCCAAGAGUCAGGAUCAGGAAGGCGGCGAGGGUGGCUUUGCCCAGAAUCUGGGAGAAGCGGUGCCACGAAACGAGCGCGAAGUGAUAGCCCGCCUGCGCAACUGCAUCCUGGCCCUAGCAAAAUGCAAACUGAUGCUCUACGACACCAGCAUACAGUAUGCCUACGACGAGUCGCUCAAGUACGAGGCCCACGAACUGCUCCAACAGAACGUCAUAUACGAUAUCGGCGAGCAGACGCAGGCUCGUCUGCGGGAUGGAGAUGAAUAGCCCGGAAUAAACGAACAAUUCGAAAUA